AUGUCUCAACCAAAUCUACCAACAAUGUUUCCUUCAACAAUUAUGCCGCCACUAGCUUCAAAUCCUCCUUCACAUUCAGUUAUUGGUCGGGUAGGAAAAGUAGUACACAAACUUCGAACAACAAGUGAUACGUUAGGAAAUAUAUCAGAUGCCGUUCUUGGCGAAUGGGACGAAUACCAACACGCAUUACAAGUGUUACAGGCGAUUCUCAAAUUGCUCCAGCAUGGUUUACACAAGCUUUUGCACAGGGAGGAAUUAUUUCCUUCACCAUUAAAUAAUGCAAUCAACGAUUCCUGCGCUCAAAAUGGUGUUAUCAGUCAAACAAUAAAUAAUGCAAUCAACGAUUCCUGCGCUCAAAAUGGUGCUAUCAGUCAAACAAUAAAUAAUGCAAUCAAUGAUUCCUGCGUUCAAAAUGGUGCUAUCAGUCAAACGAUAAAUAAUGCAAUCAACAAUGCAUGUGCACAAAAUGGUGCUAUCAAUCAAACAAUAAAUAAUGUAAUCAACGAGUCGUGCGCUCAAAAUGGGAAUAUCUAUAACCUUAUUGAUGUGAGGGCAAGGACCAUAAAUGCAAAUGCAACACGGAACACCGAUCUUUUACAAGAACUCCCUAACUCGCGGGGCAUAUACCCCUCCACCGCUAACAUACAUUUCCCCCGAAAUAGAAGUGCAUUACAAAAUUUAACUCGUGCACAAAUUAAUAUUCUCCUCAACUAUUAUAAUCAGCCUACGGGUGCAAAUAUUCCAGUUUUCCGGGAGGCCCUUCGAGUAUUUAUUGGGGUGCCACCUUUCUAA